UCAUUCGAAACACCAUUAUCGAAAGGUUCGCGGAAAUUCUUCGGCCGCUGAUUAAAAUGCAACAGGAAGAAGGAUGGGAAAUGGGCUUGUUCCGAAGUUGGGAAAGAGACGGACGGUGACGGUGUUGUUCUUAGUUGAAUUUUGAUUGAUUUUGAUUGACUGUAAUUUUGUUCGUGGGAUUGUUGUUUCGGGAAGUGUUAAUAUUUAACAACAUAAUAAUAAAGGUGGUGUAUCUUAAAUAUCAUCAGUUAGGUUGGAACAGUCAAAGGUAAUGUGAGUGCAGUGUAUUGGUGGCGUGUGAAUCACAGGUGGCGAAGGAGGGCGUCAUCGGAUUGGGCAGUUUCCUGCAACAAUCGCAGUGGCAGAGAAGAUUGAGGUAGCCGGCAACAGCGCAUCGGCGUUCCUGCUGCGACGCCAUCUGUGGACGCGAUUCCGCGAGCAAUCGAAACGACCUCAACGUCGACGGUCGACCAUAGACCGUAGAACGGCAGUCCGACUGUGACUGCGAGUGACUGGUUUUCGGUCGGGUCGCGACUCGCGUCAGUGCGGAUCAUCUUGAGUGUGUUCUUCAGUGUUCAUCGUGUUCGAUGGUGGAUCAAGCUGACCGAUAAAUUCCUUAGAUUGAAUUAGAAAUAAAGGGAAAGUGUGCGCGGUGUGUGUCAUGGACUCCAUGGACCCGUCGUCGUGACGAUGGCCGAGCAGCAGCACCGCGUGACGCCCGAGCGCGAGCUCGAACAGCAGAUCCUGCAAAUGAAGAAGCAGCACCAGCUCCAGCACCAGAUCCUGCUGCAGCAGUUCCAACAGCAGCAGCAGCACUUGGUCGAGCAGCACGAGCAGCAGCUGCGCCAGUACCUGAAGGAGUACUGGGACCGACAAAAACACCUGCAGGAGAUCAAGCAGCGCGAACAGUUGGAGGCGCUGCGCAAAAAGGAGAAGCACGAGGAGAGCGCCAUCGCCUCCACGGAGGUGAAGCAGAAGCUGCAGGACUUCCUGCUGCAGCGGGCGUCCGGAUGCAAGACGGCCAGGACGGACAAUUCCUGCUGGUCAGAAGGGAUGGAUACAGGGUCUGAUUCUACUACAAACAACGAUUUUCCUUUAAGAAAAACAGCAUCCGAGCCGAACUUGCUCAAGGUGCGACUGAAACAACGUGUGAUGGAACGACGUUGCAGCCCGAUGAGCAAGCGCCACCUGCUGCCGCCCGCGUUCAAGAAGAAGCUGCUCAGCACGUGUCUGCCGCCCAGCGACUCGCCGCCCCAGGAACCGCCCAAGGAGCUGAGCCCGCCGUGCGAGGCCGAGGAGUACCAGAGACACGCGCUCUUCAGCAGUCCCUCGAUGCCGAACAUCUCGCUGGCGACGCACCACGUCCUCAGUCCCGACCUGAGCGAGGCGGCAGCCCGGGCGGCGGCGACCGCCCGUCUCGGCAUGCCGCUCACCGGGACCAUGCUACCUGGUACCUUGCCCUUUUACCCCUCGUUGCCGGCCAUCGAGGCCGAGCACGAGGAACAGCAGCCCCUGGACACGAUCUGCGAGCUACAGGAGCCCCAGCAGUCCAGGGGAGUGAUACGACCGUUGGGCAGGACGCAGUCCUCGCCGCUGCCUCUGGGCCAUCCGCAGCUGGAGGCGCCGCCCAUUCCGAUACCGCAACCGCCGCAGCCGCCGCCCGAGGAGCAGGAACAACGCGACCUCGAACUCAGGGCGAACGAAUCGAGGAGCAUAAGGCCGCUGUCGCGGGCCCUGAGCAGCCCCGUGGUCCACCUGGGUCAGCCCGGCUCGGCCUGCGCCCCCGGCGUCGUGGACGGAGUGACGGGCGGUCCGCCGCCCACGCUUUGCCGCCGUCGCGCCUCCUCCACCCCCUCCACCGGCCUGGCGUACGACAACCAGAUGCUGAAGCACGCGUGCGUCUGCGGCAACAACGGCCUCCAUCCGGAGCACGCGGGCCGCCUCCAGAGCAUCUGGUCGCGUCUCCUGGAAACCGGACUCGUAUCCAGGUGUGACAGGCUGAGGCCGCGGAAAGCGACGACGCAAGAGUUGCAAACAUGCCAUUCGGAAACGCACGCUUUGUUAUAUGGAACGAGCUCCUUGAACAGACACAAAAUGGAGCUCAGCAAGCUCAAUACACUUCCUGUUACGGCUUUUGUGAGACUGCACUGCGGUGGCAUCGGCGUCGACACGGACACAACGUGGAACGAAGUGUACACCGCCCCCGCUGCUCGAAUGGCGGUCGGCUGUACGGUCGACUUGGCGGUGCGCACGUGGACCGGCGACAUCCGCAACGGAUUCGCCAUCGUGCGGCCGCCCGGUCAUCAUGCGGAAGCGCAACAGGCCAUGGGAUUCUGUUAUUUCAAUUCGGUUGCGAUAGCCGCCAGGAUCCUGCAGAGGGAAUACAGGGUGCACAAGAUCAUGGUCUUCGAUUGGGACGUGCACCACGGGAACGGGACGCAGGAGAUCUUUUACGACGACCCGAGGGUGUUGGUGGUGUCGAUGCAUCGGCACGACGACGGCAACUUCUUUCCAGGUACAGGAGGAACGGGCGAGUGCGGCGCGGGCGCCGGCGUCGGUUACAACGUGAACAUUGCCUGGUCUGGAGGUCUGAAUCCACCAUUGGGCGACGCCGAAUACCUGGCAGCGUUUCGGAGUGUCGUGAUGCCGAUUGCGCGCGAAUUCAACCCGGACAUAGUAUUAGUGUCCGCCGGAUUCGACGCGACGGACGGACACGCGCCUCCCCUUGGUGGUUACAGGGUGUCGCCUGCGUGUUUUGGAUACAUGACAAGACAGUUAAUGCAGUUGGCUAGAGGCAGAGUGGUGCUGGCACUGGAAGGCGGCUACGAUCUGCCCUCGAUAUGCGAUUCUGCCGAGGAGUGCGUCAGAGUUCUGCUCGGCGACCAGCCGUCCGCCAUCUCGCCAUUUGAGUUGGCUCGCACACCAUGCUCGAACGCCACCUUAGCUCUCCAGAAGGUGAUCGCUGCACAAAGUCCCCACUGGCCCUGUCUGCAGGAGUCGCACAAAAGCGCCGCGUGCUCCUACAACGACGCUCUCCGCAACGAGAAAGAGGACAAGGACACGGUCUCGGCGAUGGCGAGUCUGUCGAUGCAACCGCCACCGGGAAUGGUGUCACCCACGCCCUUCCAUCACCACCACCACCACCCCAAGGCGAUGGAGGCGGGUAGGCCGCUCACGUGAACGCGGAUGACGGACGACGAAGCGAGACGAGACGAGGAGAGAGCGACAAUGCGUACACUACUACGUUUGGUUCAACAUUCCGGGGCGGCGGAAAGCCCGAGGGCGGCCGCCCAUUUAUGAUAAGAUCAAAUUAUCGUGUGUUUUAUUUUUGUUAAUAUAUUGAAAGUUUUUAAUAAAACAGUUUAUUUACUUUA